UAUACUACUGUCCUUUUGUCCCUUGUAGCAUUCUUGUUUGUUCUGUUUGUCCCAAGCUUAGGUAUGAAAAGAAAAGAGCGAAAAGAGGGAAUGAGAGGAAAGUGCCAACAGUGGAAAUAAAGGAUCACAUUUCUGAUAAGUAGCGAAGAGCACACCCUCAUUUCGAGUAUCCCUCCGGAAACCAACACAAGACAUUCUUUCACUCAACUCUUUCUCACGCCAAACGUCCUUCACCAUCUAUGGAAGACCAAUGCAGCCCAUUUAGCUGGGAAUUCUGCUUCCAGGAAGAGGGCAUGGAGGAACUGAGGCAAGCUCUCCUGUACACUACUUUGGAGCUACAGACCACAAUUGCCUCAGCCAAGGAGGAGAUCACAAGGAGAGAGCUAGAGAUGGUUCAAAUCAAGGAUUUGCUGACCAGGACCUUGAAAGAGAGAGAUGAGGCUCAAUCCAGAUGCAAGGAGCUGCAAUUGGAGAAACUUAUCCUACAACAAAAGUCAAGCAGAAAAGAGCAACCAAAAUUAGCCGCAGCUCCAUCGCCACGCAAAACUUCUUGUAGCAACGAUGAAGCAAUGUUGGUUUCCUCCGGAGUAAGUACUUCUCCACUGUCUCCGUCGCCGCCGCCAGUCCCGCCAGUGCCAACAGUGACCUCGGAAUUGGCGGUCCAGAAGCCGUUGCCGCCCAAAGGGAAGCUAUUGCAGGCGGUGAUGGAGGCAGGGCCGCUCCUCCAGACGCUUCUCCUGGCAGGUCCCCUGCCUCGGUGGGAGCACCCACCACCGCCACUUGACUCUACUGAGAUUCCUCCUGUGGCCAUUCCUUCUCCGAGCUCCAGCGCAAAGUUCAAUGGCGGUUUCGGUAACAAGAGGAGUUCGGAAUGCAGUGAAACCUCUGAAUCCCCCAAGAACAAGCAUCAGAAGCUCAUUUUACAUUGAUAAAAGAGCGAGUGGUUACUAAAAACUAGAACUUUAGUGUGCUCUUUUUCUUUUUUUCUCCUAGAAUGACGAAGUGGGUGGCUCUUUUUGCUUCACUUUAGAAGUCUCUCCUAGAAUUACAAAAGAGGGAUCUUUAACUUACAUUCCAAGAUGGAAAUUGACAAUCUUGUUCAGUAUGAAGUGUACUAAUUGUGGAUA